AUGAGCGAUUGGUGUAAAAGAUCAAUUAUGAAUGAGAAGAAACCUCGAUCGGCACAACAUGAUGUCUUGGUUUGCCAUAACAUUGGUGGGAUUUGCAAUCAAUCCAACUUUAAAGAUCUGAGUGUAAUAGACAUUCGGAACAGGAAUGCCCACUCUUGA